AUGGGCAACGAAGCGAGCCUGGAGGGAGGAGAAGCGCUGGCCGGGCUGCCCGGAGGGGUGGCGGCUGCCGCAGCCGGGGAUGGCGGAGGGCAAGGGCUGGCAGCCGGCGUGGAGGCGGAUCUGAGCCAGCUCAGCGAGGAGGAGAGGAGACAGAUCGCCGCUGUCAUGUCAAGGGCGCAGGGGCUGCCCAAAGGAAACCUCCCCGGCGCGACCAGCGCGGAGCCGCCUCCCAUGCAAAGACAUCCUGAGCUUGAUAUAAACCACUAUGCAAGACAGCCAGGUAAGUCUCCAUCCAGUUUAAGCAAAAGCAGAACAGUAGAUGUGUUGAAGACAGAACAACGGUCACCUGGAAGGAGCCCUUCUUCCAUUAGUCUGAAAGAAUCUAAAUCCAGGACUGAUUUUAAAGAAGAUCAGAAGCCAAGUAUGAUGCCUAGCUUCCUCUCUGAGGCCAAUCCAUUAAGUGCAGUCACUUCAGUCGUAAACAAGUUCAAUCCUUUUGAUUUGAUAUCGGACUCAGAUGCAGCCCAGGAAGAAGCCAACAGGAAACUAAAAGCAGUUCAGAAGGACCAGGGAAAGCCUGAGGAGCAAAAGGGACAUGCAAAGCAUCCAACUCAGCAACAACCUCCAAAGCCAACAGUUCAGCAAAAAGAGCCUGUCAAAUCUGCACCCCAGCAAGCAGGGCCUUCCAAACUGCCACCCCAACAGCAGCAACCAGGGGCAGCUAAGCAAGCUCCGAAACCUGGGCCUGGUCAGCCAACAGGCCCUCCAUCAGAACAAGCAAAACAACCAUCUCAACAACGAGGGCCACAGAGAACUCAGCCCCAGCAAUCAGAACCCACAAAGCAGGUACCUCAACAACAGAGUCCUGCAAAACCUUCACCACAGCAAUCGGGCCCAACCAAAACAUUACCACAGCUACCAGAUGCUGCUAGAGCACCAUCCCACGCACCAGCUCCCGCAAAGCCAUCAGCACAGCAGCCAGGUCCUACAAAACAACCUUCUCAGCAACCAGGACAGCAAGCAGGUCCUGCAAAGCCAUCCCCUCAGCAAGCAGGACCUGCUAAACAACCAUCUCAGCAGCCUGGGCCUGCGAAGCCAUCCCCUCAGCAAGCAGGACCUGCUAAACAACCAUCUCAGCAGCCUGGGCCUGGGAAGCCAUCCCCUCAGCAAGCAGGACCUGCUAAACAACCAUCUCAGCAGCCUGGGCCUGCAAAACCAUCUCCUCAGCCAGCAGGGCCUGCAAAGCUACCGUCACAACAACCAGGACUUACAAAACUAUCAGGCCAGCAACCAGGGCCUGGUAAACCGUCACAGCAACAAGUAACUGCAGCCACACCUGGUGAAUCAGCCCCAAAGAAAACUUUCUGUCCUCUUUGCACUAGCACUGAACUGCUGCUGCACACUCCAGAACAGGCCAAUUACAAUACAUGCACACAGUGUCAAACCGUGGUCUGCAGCCUGUGUGGCUUUAAUCCCAAUCCGCAUAUAAUAGAGGUUAAAGAAUGGCUCUGUUUAAACUGCCAGAUGCAAAGAGCACUAGGUGGUGAUUUAGCUUCAGUUCAUGGUCCUGUGCCACAGCCUCUUCCGCCCAAACAGAAGACAACCUUUCCACCUUUAACAACCAAACCAUCCUCCCAGCCCCAGCAGCCUACUCAAAAGAAAGAUAUUUCUCAAACACCUGCUCCUUCCCAGCCCCCAGAGCCUAAAAAGCCCCCACCACUGACAAAGCAACCGUCCAUGCCUGGCUCUCCCCCUGUGAAAUCAAAGCAGCCACCCACUGAGCCUGUUACCCCGCACAUCUCUCAGCAAAUUGAACCCACUCCAAAAUUUGGCCAGAUCAAGCCAACUUUGGUUGAAGAUAAGCAAAAGAAGCCCACAACUGACGGUGUGCCUACCUCUUCAGCAUCCGGUCUGAAACAGGAGUCACAAGGUCCCAAAGCUCCAUCAACUCAACAGAAAGCAAUGGAACCUCAGAGAUCAGAACAUGCCAAGCUAUUUCAGGACACCCAUCUGGCUGGGGAUAAAGCUGUCCUGCCAGAUUCCAAAACCUUACCACAGGCGUCGCGGCAAAAGUCAGAUCCUAAAUUUGUUUCUCGCCCUGGAUCAGACACUAAAGGUCAAAAAGCUGUUGAGCCAACACAAAUGAAAGAAGACCCUAAGAAGACACAAAUAAAAGUAACCCCAAAACCCGAUGCCAAGCAGGUUCCAAAAGGACAACAAGCAGCUGUAGGCCCAAAGCCUACCCCAGUGCAGCCAACACCUCACCCUCAACAGCCUCAGAGAGCUCAAGAGCAACCAAGGCGUUUCAGUCUAAAUCUGGGAGGUAUUACUGACGCCCCUAAACCACAGCCUACAACUCCACAAGAAACAGUUACUGGGAAACUCUUUGGAUUUGGCGCUUCAAUCUUUAGCCAGGCUUCAAAUUUAAUCUCCACAUCAGGCCAACAAGGAGCUCAAUCCUCGGGCCCUCUACUGGGGCCUGCUACUAAGCAACCCCCUCUGCCAUCUCAGGUACCACCCAAAGAGGCCAGUCAGGCUCAGCCAUCUCCAAAAGCAGCACCUGUGAAAAAAGAAGCCAAGCCUCCUGUGACAGAAAAAUCACAGCCACCCAAGUCAGAUAACGUUGUAACCGUUAAAGGAUCUGAAUUAGAAAAGAAACCUAUUGCUGCUAAAGACAGCAAGUCUCACAUUGCUGAAUCUACAAAAACUGCUGGGCCACCGGGACUGGAAAAAACUACUCUACCUAAAUCAACUUGUACUCUUUGUAAAACUGGACUAAACAUUGGUUCUAAGGAUCCUCCCAACUUUAAUACAUGUACAGAAUGCAAGACUAUUGUGUGCAAUCUCUGUGGAUUUAACCCGAUGCCGCACAUAGUUGAGGUACAAGAAUGGCUGUGCUUAAACUGCCAGAGACAAAGAGCAAUAUCAGGACAACUUGGGGAUAUGGGCAAAAUGCCACCUCCAAUGGCAGCCCCUUCACAAUCAGUAUCCAAACCAUCUGUUGUUCCUCAGCGCCAGCCUAUGCCAACCGAGUCAGAUCACCCUCCGAAAACUGCAGCACUGCCUACCCAAAUAGUGGAAAAAUCAAAAGAAGAACCAGGAAUUCAGAAGAAAGUUCCGAAGUUUCCGCAGGGGAAAUUGGCAAAGACUCUUUCAGCUGAUAAAAUUCAGCAGGGGAUUCAGAAGGAAGAUCCAAAACUUCAACAGGGGAAAUUGGCAAAGACACUUUCAGCUGAUAAAAUCCACCAGGGGAUUCCGAAGGAAGAUCCAAAAUUCCAGCUGGGGAAACUGGUUAAGAUACCAUCAGCUGAUAAAAUCCAGCAAGGAAUUCAGAAGGAAGCUCCAAAAAUUCAGCAGGGGAAACUGACAAGGAAACCCUCAGCUGAUAAAAUUCACCAGGGAAUACAGAAGGACGAUCCAAAACAUCAACAGGGGAAACUGGCAAAGACGGCGUCAGUGGAUAAAAUUCCUCCGGAGAUAAGUUCAGAUGUAAAGCAACUUAUAAGCAAAUUGGAAGAAGACAAAAAAUGUGUACUCCCAGAAGAGAAACCAUUCCUCCCAGAGGACAAAAAAGAGGACGUCAAAGUUGAGACUAAAGGACAAGGUAUCAAGGAGAAAUUAGAAGCCAAAGUACCUCCUGAAGAACUGCAGGUUAAGAAACAAGAGGAGAUUAAGAAGGAAGAUUUGGCCACUGGGAUUCCACAAAUGGUAUCCAAACAUGAAAAAAUCCAGAAAGAAGAAACCCUAGCUCAAGUAGCACCUUUGCCAAGACCUGAUCGUGUGGAAACAGUGAAAGAAAAAACAGAGCAGGAGGUUGACAAAUCAGAUACAUCAAUCUCUCAGCAACAAAGAAGUCCACAAGGUCUGAGUGACACUGGGUAUUCUUCUGAUGGGAUAUCAAGUUCACUUGGUGAAAUUCCAAGUCUUAUCCCCAGUGAUGAAAAAGAUUUACUCAAGGAACUUUCUAAAAAAGAUACUUUUUCGCAAGAAGGCAGUCCUUCAAGCCCCUCAGAUCUUGCCAAGUUGGAAAGUACUGUUCUAUCAAUUUUGGAAGCUCAGGCAAGUACACUUGCUGAGGAAGAGUCUGGGAAGACCAAAGAUCUUUAUGGUAUAUAUGGCGAACAGACAAAAGAUCCGCAUAGAACAAAGCCUUUGCCAAUGACUCCAGAACCUUACAGUUCAGAUGAGGAGGAUCUGGAAGACAUUCAAGAAGAAGAUGAAGAAGGUCUUGAAGAAGAUGGAAAACAAAGUGUUCCAACUCAGAAAGACUAUAAGGAAAAGGCAGAUGCAGUAGAUGAUAUAUCAACAAGAAGGCAACGCUAUGAUUCUGUAGAAGACAGCAGUGAGAGUGAAAAUUCACCUGUCCCAAGAAGAAAAAGACGAACUAGUGUUGGCUCUUCAAGUAGCGAUGAGUACAAACGAGAAGACAGUCUAGGAUCAGGUGAUGAUGAAGACUUCAUUCGAAAACAGAUUAUAGAAAUGAGUGCUGAUGAAGAUGCCUCAGCUUCUGAAGAUGAUGAAUUCAUUAGGAACCAGCUUAAAGAAAUCAGUGUAAUUGAAAGCCAAAAGAAGGAAGAAGUGAAAGUCAAAGCUAAAGGGACAGCUGGAAAACAUAGAAGGAUGAUGCGGAAAAGUAGCACAAGCUAUGAUGAGGAUGCUGGAAGACGUCACUCAUGGCACGAUGAUGAUGAUGAUGAUGAUGAAACUUUUGAUGAAAGCCCAGAACCAAAAUAUAGGGAAACCAAAAGUCAAGACAGUGAAGAACUCACUGUAACUGGAGGAGGUGGAGGCCUUAGACGUUUCAAAACAAUAGAACUCAACAGCACAAUAACAAAUACAUAUUCUGAGGAAUCUGAACCACAGAAGGGUAGCUUAUAUUUUGAUGAAGAGCCAGAGCUAGAGAUGGAGAGUCUUACAGAUUCACCAGAAGACAGAUCCAGGGGAGAAGGAUCUUCUAGUUUGCAUGCCUCCAGUUUUACUCCAGGUACAUCUCCCACAUCUGUGUCAUCUCUCGAUGAAGAUAGUGACAGCAGUCCUAGUCACAAAAAAAUGGGAGGAGAAGGCAAACAGCAGCGCAAAGCCAGACACCGGUCACACGGUCCUCUUCUUCCAACCAUUGAAGACUCUUCAGAAGAAGAGGAGCUAAGGGAGGAAGAAGAGCUGCUAAAGGAACAAGAGAAACAACGUGAAUUAGAACAGCAGCAAAGAAAGAGUUCUAGCAAAAAAUCUAAGAAAGACAAAGAUGAACUAAGAGCACAGAGAAGACGGGAACGUCCAAAGACCCCACCAAGUAAUCUUUCUCCUAUUGAAGAUGCAUCUCCAACAGAAGAGUUACGACAGGCAGCAGAAAUGGAGGAACUGCACCGAUCUUCCUGUUCUGAAUAUUCACCAAGUAUUGAGUCAGAUCCUGAAGGAUUUGAAAUCAGUCCAGAAAAAAUAAUAGAAGUGCAAAAGGUUUAUAAGUUGCCUACAGCUGUCUCUUUAUAUUCUCCAACAGAUGAACAACCUGUUGGGGUCCUAAAAGAAGAAAGUAGCCAAAAAACAUUAAAAAGUGCUGAAGAGGUAUAUGAGGAAAUGAUGCACAAAUCCCAUAAAUCCAAACUAUUUCAAAGUGCAAAUGAAAAAGAAGUGUUUGAAAAAGACUCUUUAUAUGGUGGUAUGUUAAUAGAGGAUUAUAUUUAUGAAUCUUUAGUAGAGGACACAUAUAAUGGAACUAUUGAUGCUAAUCUUGUAAUGAGACAAGAUGAAAGUAGUGAAUUUAUUCAGCAGAGAGGGAGAGAGAAAAAAAUAAAACCUCCAGAUCAGAUUUAUGAAGAAACUAUGCAGAAAAUUGUAGAUCGACAGAGAGACUAUUACAGUGUAGAGCCUUUGCAUUCAAUUGUGCCUCAAGAAGACAUUGUGUCUAGUUCUUACAUUAUACCAGAAAGUCAUGAGAUAGUUGUACUUGACAGUGUUGUAACUUCCACCACUGAGGAAAAGCAGUUGUUAGAUGCAGAUGCUGCUUAUGAGGAACUUAUGAAACGACAAAGAAUGCAGCUAACGCCAGGCUCCAGUCCAACUCAGCCGACAUCUGAUUUAAUUCCUGCACCAGAUACAAACGUAUUUAUAGUUGGAGAUAUAGGGGAUGGUGAAUCUUUAGCUUCAAGUGCUCCUCAGACAGUUUCAGAUACAGCUUCAGUCAGCAGCACAGUGCUUUCUAUUCCAGAUGUUAAAAUAACUCAGCACUUUACUACAGAAGAAAUAGAAGAUGAAUACCUAACAGAUUAUGCCAGAGAAGUUCAGGAAAUCAUUUCUCACGAAACGUCAAUGUUGACCUACUCUGAGGCAUCAGAAAGUGCGACAUCAGUUUUACCUUACGAUACACCUUCUCUUACAUCAUCUACAUCUUCAAUUUGUACCACUGAUAGCUCAUCACCUAUUACUGGAAUAGAUAGCACAACUGCAGGUUAUGUAGACAUAGCAGAUGUUGUAGGUAAAUUAGUACAUCCUGAAGGUAUUGGCACAAUAGUUCAAGUUCCAUUAAGUUUCACAAAAGAAUAUUCUGAAAUAAGCACACCUUAUGAACCUGUUACUGUUCUCCCUAAAAAGACAGUUGUAUCCACAGAUAAGGCAAGUGUGGAUCGUGGUGUAAUUUCUUUGCCUGAAGAUGCACCUUCUGUCGUCACAACUAUGGCUAUAAAACCCAAGCAAUAUACUUCUGACUCCACUACCUUUGAUUCACCCAAACCAGAAAAAGACACAGCCAGAAAAAUUAAAAGUACAGCUGAUGCUGGUAUUGCUAAAGUACUUUCUGAGGAUGUACACAAAGGAGCUGAGUUUGACAUGACAAGGAUUAACUUUGCUGAGGCAGCAUCUGACCUACCUGUUGUGUGUGUAACCUCAGAGCCAGCCCCAGUCACAUGCUCUGUAUCUACUACCCAUGUUACAACUAAGACCAGCACUGUAUCUGCAUUACCAUCUAUUGCUUCUUCAGUUCCUACUGUAACAUCCAAAGUAUUCUCAUUUUUUAGAAGCUCUCCUUUGGAUUCUUCAACCCAACCAUCUCCACCACCUCCACCACCUCCUCCUCCACCACCUCCACCUCCCCUACCAUUACCCCCACCUACUCCACCAAAGCCAGCUAUUUAUCCCAAAAAGAAGCCACAGGUUAAGGCUCCAGUGACAACAGCUCCUGCAGUAGCACCUUCAUUUACUAGUGUUGUAGCCAUAGAGGCCACAGAGGUGUUAAAGAACAACAUGGCAUCUGCCCAAAAAAUAUACACCCCGACACCACCUCCUGUGCCACCCAAGCCAUCCUUAAUUCCAGCGGGGCUUGUGUUCAGUCACAGGCCUGUUGAGGUAACUAAGCCUCCAAUUGCUCCUAAGCCAGCAAUUCCUCAGCUCCCAACAGCUGCUCAUCAGCCAGCAGAGAAACAGCCCAAACCAACAGGUCAGUCAAAACCAACAGGUUUGUCAUUGAAAAGUAUGACUUUGAAUUUGGUCUCUUCAGCAGAGUGCAAGUUGACAUCCCCUACGUCCCCUUUGUCUCCACACUCUAAUAAAUCUUCACCAAGGCUGACCAAACCCUCGCAGGAAACCUAUGUUGUUAUCACAUUGCCAUCUGAACCUGGAACUCCCACAGAGUCAAUAACUAGUCAAGCUAUUACCAGUUGGCCUUUCGGGUCAUCCUCUAAGGAACAGCUUCCCCAAAAUGUGCAGCCUCUGUUUAUUCCAUCUAUGAAAGCCAUGGAGAUUCAAAGUAUGGGAGAUCACAGCAUGUAUGUUUCAGGUGCUUUGCAAACGCUUGCCACUGUUCCUGUCACAGCACAAUCAACUUUUGAAACAGUCCCUAGUUCGGUAACACAGUUAAUAACAACAGAGGUGACCAAGACCACAGUAUCUGUGGUUAAAAGCUCAGUUCCCACUGUUGGUUUAGGUAAUGUCUCCAUUACUAUACCUCCAGAGCCAACACAAAUAGGUGAGCAACCCUGGUGUAGAGAGAAUGGAAGAUUCCAUCUGUUUGGUGAUGUUAUUGACCUUCGUACUUUAACUAAAAUGGAUAAAAUGGAUAUUGAAAUGACAGACAGCUGUAUGGAUCUGUCUGCUGUUCCCAUGGAUGUGAGAAGACAAACUAUGGCAAGUGAUAUAUGUGGGCGGCCAGUAAGUGCAGUCCAACCAGCUAUCAUAAAUCUUAGCACUGUGUCAGCUGCAGAACCCUCUCUAGCACUAGUCUCAGAAACAGUAACAAUAAUGACCUGCACAGCUACUGUAAGUUACACGUCAAGUACAGAGAGCCUUGUAGAUCAGGGGCAUGCAAUGACAACACCACUGCAGCUGACAACAUCAAAACAUUUUGAGCCUGCAUACAGAGUAACAGGCAGCCAGGCAUUCUCUGCAGGUAGAGAUGAAGUGCCAAUAAACUUAUCCCUGGGUACUUCAACACAUGCAUUGUCAUGGGCUACUGCAGUGCCUGUUACUGUACCUCCUGUUGGUAUGACAAAUGGUUGGACUGAUGUCUCCACAUCCCAGGAGCUAAUAGAGAGUGGAGCAGUUGACCUUAGCACCACAAAAUCCCACAGAACAGUGGUGACAGUGGAUGAAGUUACUUCAGGAGUUGUCACCAGUGUAAUAGAAGAAGAUGAAAAGCCUGUUGAUCUGACUGCAGGGAGAAGAGCUGUUUGUUGUGAUGUGGUUUAUAAAUUACCAUUUGGCAGUAGCUGUACAGCACAGCAGCCUCCAACCACACUGCCUGAAGAUCGGUUUGGUUACAGAGAUGACCAUUAUCAGUAUGAUCGCUCAGGGCCAUAUGGGUACAGAGGAUUUGGAGGUAUGAAACCAUCCAUGUCUGACACUAAUUUAUCAGAAGCUGGUCUUUUUGUGUACAAAAGCAAGAAUAGCUUUGAUUAUCGAGUUGGGGCAACAGAUGCAGCAGUAGAUCUAACUUCUGGAAGAGUCACUACAGGUGAGGUAAUGGAUUACUCAAGCAAGACCACUGGUCCUUAUCCAGAGACUCGGCAGGUGAUUUCAGGCAUCGGAAUUAGUGCACCACAGUAUUCCCAAGCAAGAAUAGUACCAUCUCUGGGAUCCCAGUAUGGUGUUGGAAGUGUGUUAAGAUCCUCUAAUGGUGUCGUUUAUUCCUCGGUUGCAACUCCGAUCCCAGCCACAUUUGCCAUAACUACACAGCCUGGUUCUAUUUUCAGUACAACUGUCAGAGAUUUAUCUGCUGUCCAAACAAUUGACUCAGUGUCCUCAUUAUCAACCUUGCAACAGAAUCAGCCACUUCCAAGAUCAUACAGUUUCUUGACAACAGUGGCAGCUGAAAAAGACAAUGCAGUUACUGGCAUUGAUAUUGACACAGGGUUGCAGCCUGGCACUAUAGAAACUAUUACCACUGAGCCAACUAACCUGAUGCCUGCUUUAACUAUAGCUUCUGGAGCUUUUACAGAUGUACUUGAAGAUGAAGUUGCACUUCUCAUUGCCCCUGAAGAAGACAAACAGCAGCAGCUUGACUUGCAGCGUGAGCUGCUUGAGCUUGAGAAACUUAAGCAGCAGCGCUUUGCAGAGGAACUAGAGUGGGAACGUCAGGAAAUCCAAAGGUUUAGAGAACAAGAAAAGUUAAUGGUCCAAAAAAAACUUGAGGAGUUGCAAUCCAUGAAACACCAUCUCUUAUUUCAGCAAGAAGAGGAGCGACAAGCUCAAUUCAUGAUGAGGCAGGAAACCUUAGCCCAGCAGCAAUUACAGCUUGAACAAUUUCAACAACUUCAACAGCAGCUUCAUCAGCAGCUGGAAGAGCAAAAAAUUCGCCAGAUAUAUCAGUAUAAUUAUGACCCUUCUGGAACUGUCUCUCCACAAACAAGCACAGACCAAGCCCUUCUGGAAGGGCAGUAUGCUGCUACAGAAAAUGGCCAGUUUUGGACUAGCGAUGAUCCAGCCACCACAGCUUCCACUGUACUGGGCAUUGAAAUUCCACAAAGCCAAACAUGGUACACAGUUCAGUCAGAUGGUAUUACCCAAUAUAUAUCUAGGCCUGGUAUGCUAAGCUCUGUUUCAGAAAUGUCUCUUAAGGACAUGGAUAUGAGAGAGGAGAAACAACUGAAAAAGAGGAGCUCCAUGCCAAAAUUGCGUGGUCAGUAUGACAAGCUUGAUGAGACUCUGGAAAAAGAGCCCAGUUGUUUUAAAAAAAUAGUGGACAGUGGAGUACAAACCGAUGAUGAAGAUGGUGCAGACAGAAGUUACACAAACAGGAGAAGGAGAACUAAGAAGAGCGUUGACACAAGUGUUCAGACAGAUGAUGAAGAUCAAGAUGAAUGGGAUCUUUCUAACAGAUCAAGAAGAAAGUCUCGUGUUGGGAAAUAUAACGAGGGUACCACUGAGGUAGACAAGGCUAAGCCAUUUUCCAAAGUUUCUAGCAUUGCAGUUCAGACAGUGGCAGAGAUUUCUGUACAGACAGAACCUGUAGGGACGAUAAGAACACCUUCAAUAAGGGCCAGGCUGGAUGCUAAAGUUGAAAUCAUUAAACAUAUUUCAGCUCCAGAGAAGACAUAUAAAGGAGAAAGUUUGGGAUGUCAAACAGAAACAGACUCAGAUACACAGAGUCCCCAGUACUUGACAGCCACGUCUCCACAGAAAGAUAAAAAGCGUCCAACACCAUUAGAAAUAGGCUAUUCAUCUCAUCUUCGUGCAGAUUCCACACUACAGGUAGUCCCUUCCCCUCCUAAAUCUCCCAAAGUUCUAUAUUCACCCAUUUCACCUGUUUCACCGAGCAAAGUUAUAGAAUCUGCCUUUGUACCCUAUGAAAAAUCCAUCACUGAUGACAUCAGCCCUCAGAAGAUGCUACAUGCUGAUAUUGCCAAGGGUCCUCCACCGAGCCCAAAAUCUGCAAAGAUGAUGCAGCGCUCUAUGUCGGAUCCUAAGCCCUUGAGUCCAACAGCAGAAGACACUUCCAGAUCUCAGUUUCAGUACACUGAGGGAUUUGUGGCUAAAGGUUCUUCAGGUAUAACAUCGGGCACCCAGAAGAAAGUAAAGAGGACUCUACCCAACCCACCUCCAGAAGAUGCUACCACAGGGACCCAGUCAGCAUUCACUACUGUGGGGUCAGUUUCACGCAGAAGGAUCUGUAGAACCAACACCAUGGCCAGAGCUAAAAUUCUCCAGGAUAUAGACAGGGAAUUGGAUCUGGUCGAACGAGAGUCAGCCAAGCUUAGGAAGAAGCAGGCAGAGCUAGAUGAGGAAGAAAAAGAAAUAGAUGCCAAACUGCGGUACUUGGAAAUGGGCAUCAAUAGGCGGAAAGAAGCCUUGUUAAAGGAAAGAGAAAAGAGAGAGCGUGCCUAUCUCCAAGGAGUAGCAGAAGAACGUGAUUACAUGUCAGACAGUGAAGUUAAUAAUACCAGGCCUACUAGAAUGGAAGCCCAGCAUGGCUUGGAAAGACCACGAACUGCACCACAGACAGAAUUUGAUCAAUUCAUGCCACCGCAGACCCAGCCAGAAACUCAGUUUGCUCCCCCUACAAGCCCUUAUACACAAUAUCAAUAUUCUUCUCCUGCUCUCCCUACCCAAGCACCAACUCAGUAUACACAACAGUCACAUUACCAACAGCAGCAGACUUUAUAUCAUCAACAGGUUUCACCCUAUCAAACCCAGUCAGCCUUCCAGCCUGUGGCAACCAUGUCCUUUACUCCCCAAGCUCAGCCUCCACCAACCCAACAGUCAUCAUAUCAACUCCCGUCACAAAUGAUGGUGAUACAGCAAAAGCCAAGGCAAACUGCAUUAUAUUUGGAGCCUAAGAUAACAUCAAACUAUGAUGUGAUUCGUAAUCAGCCUCUCAUGAUAGCACCUGUUUCCACUGAUACUACUUAUGCGGUUUCCCAUCUUGGCAGCAAAUACAAUACCUUGGAUUUAAGGAUAGGGCUGGAUGAGAGAAGCAGCAUGGCGAGCAGCCCCAUAUCAAGCAUAUCUGCAGAUUCAUUCUAUGCAGACAUAGACCAUCAUCACACACCACGAAACUAUGUGCUGCUGGAUGAUAUAGGAGAGCUUACAAAGGGAACGGCAGCACUGAGCUCUGCUUUUAGCCUCCACGAGAAGGAGCUGACAAAAACCGAUCGGCUUCUUCGAACCACCGAAGCCCGGCGAGCACAGGAAGUGACGGACUUCCUAGCACCACUGCAAACUUCUUCUAGAUUGCAUACUUACGUGAAAGCAGAUGAAGAUCCAAUGGAAGAUCCUUAUGAGCUAAAGCUUCUGAAACAUCAGAUCAAGCAGGAGUUCCGCAGGGGUGCAGAAAGUCUCGAUCACCUUGCUGGCCUUUCUCAGUAUUACCAUGCAGAUACCAGCUACAGGCAUUUCCCCAAAUCUGAGAAAUACAGCAUCAGUAGGCUCACACUUGAGAAACAAGCGGCCAAGCAGCUCCCAGCAGCCCUCCUCUACCAAAAGCAGUCAAAGCACAAGAAGGCUUUGAUAGACCCCAAACUGUCAAAGUUUUCACCUAUCCAGGAAAGUCGAGACCUUGAGCCUGAUUAUUCAAGCUAUAUGACUUCUAGUACUUCAUCACUUGGGGGCAUCACCUCCAGGGCAAGGCUUCUUCAGGAUGACAUCACUUUUGGCCUCCGAAAAAAUAUCACGGACCAACAGAAAUUUAUGGGGCCAACACUGACAUCAUCCCUUGGAGCCAGCCUUGGGACCACACUAGGUCCAACAAUGAGAUCCACAUUACAAGAUGAAGUUGACAAGUCCUAUAGUAGUGGCAGUAGAUCCAGGCCCUCAUCUAGACCCUCUUCAGUCUAUGGACUUGAUUUAUCAUUAAAAAGAGAUUCCUCCAGCUCUUCUUUAAGACUGAAAGCCCAGGAGUCUGAACCAUUAGAUAUUUCUUUUAGUCAUGCAGCUCCCUCUGGAAGAACUAAACCUACAAGUCUACCUAUUAGCCAAAGCAGGGGAAGAAUCCCAAUAGUAGCACAGAACUCAGAGGAAGAGAGCCCUUUAAGUCCUGUUGGUCAGCCAAUGGGAAUGGCAAGAGCUGCAGCUGGACCCUUGCCACCAAUAUCUGCAGAUACCCGGGAGCAGUUUGGAUCAAGCCAUUCACUACCUGAGGUCCAGCAACAUAUGAGGGAAGAAUCACGGACUCGCGGGUAUGACCGGGAUAUAGCCUUCAUCAUGGAUGACUUCCAGCAUGCCAUGUCAGACAGUGAAGCCUAUCACCUCCGCCGUGAAGAGACAGAUUGGUUUGACAAGCCCAGGGAGUCUCGUCUGGAGAAUGGACAUGGCUUUGACAGAAAACUGCAAGAGAAGUUAUCCCACUCCAGACCACCAAGUCAACAUCAAGAUCAAGUAAGAUGUAUAAAUGGGAAGCCUCUUCAGUACAUUUUCCCUCAUGCAAGACUCAAACUACUGAGAGACCCAAAGGAUCACACUGUAUCAGGCAAUGGACUGGGAAUCCGAGUUGUAGGUGGGAAAGAAAUUCCAGGGAACAAUGGAGAAAUUGGAGCCUACAUUGCCAAGAUCCUCCCCGGGGGCAGUGCAGAACAGACAGGGAAGCUGAUGGAAGGAAUGCAGGUAUUGGAAUGGAAUGGCAUCCCCUUGACUGCAAGAACUUAUGAAGAAGUCCAGAGUAUCAUUAGUCAACAGAAUGGGGAAGCAGAAAUAUGUGUAAGACUGGACCUCAACAUGCUCUCAGAUUCUGAGAAUCCCCAGCAUUUGGAACUGCAUGACCCAGUAAAGGCUGUAGACAAGGCGAAGUCCCCAGGGGUCGAUCCUAAGCAGCUGGCUGCGGAGCUCCAAAAGGUUUCCCUACAGCAGUCCCCUUUGGUUGCUUCCUCAGCAGUGGAGAAGGGAUCUCAUGUUCAUUCUGGCACUCCCUCUGCCAGCUCCAGUGCUGUUCCCAGUCCCGGCCAGCCUGGUUCACCCUCAGUGAGCAAAAAACGACACAGCAGCAAGCCCACUGAAGCCACAAAGUCCACAUCCCAUCCAAUCACUGGAGAAAUUCAGCUUCAAAUCAACUAUGACAAGCACCUUGGCAAUCUUAUCAUCCACAUUCUUCAAGCAAGAAACCUUGCUCCACGAGACAACAAUGGCUAUUCUGACCCUUUCGUUAAAGUCUAUCUACUUCCAGGGAGAGGACAAGUCAUGGUUGUCCAGAAUGCAAGUGCUGAGUACAAGCGGAGGACUAAAUACGUGCAGAAAAGCUUGAAUCCCGAGUGGAAUCAGACGGUCAUUUAUAAAAAUAUCUCCAUGGAGCAGCUGAAGAAGAAAACACUGGAAGUGACUGUCUGGGAUUAUGAUAGAUUCUCCUCCAAUGACUUUCUGGGUGAAAUAUUGAUUGAGCUAUCCAGCACCUCUCAGAUUGACAACACCCCAAGGUGGUAUCCUCUGAAGGAGCAGACUGAAAGUAUUGACCAUGGGAAAUCUCAUUCUGGGCAGAGCAGCCAGCAAUCACCAAAGCCAUCUGUCAUCAAGAGCAGAAGUCAUGGAAUCUUCCCUGACCCAUCCAAGGACAUGCAGAUGCCCACCAUUGAGAAAUCUCACAGCAGUCCAGGGAGCUCUAAAUCUUCUUCCGAAGGACAUCUGCGCUCUCAUGGACCAUCCCGCAGCCAAAGCAAAACCAGCGUCACUCAAACCCACCUUGAAGACGCUGGGGCAGCCAUCGCUGCUGCUGAAGCAGCUGUCCAACAGCUUCGCCUUCAACCAACAAGGCCUACCAACCACCGACCUACAGAAAGCUCUGUCUCCACUGGCUCGUCAGCCAGUAGUUUUGGCAGCGGAUAUAGCAUGGAUAGCGAAGGAAGCAGCAGCACCACAGGGGAGAACAAUCUGUUUCCUAUUCCAAGAAUAGGGAAGAUGAGCCAGAAUGGACAAGAAUCAGUAAAGCAGUCAGGAGUGGGAUUAACCGAUGCAGAAGGUAAAACCCAGGUGAUGGGUGAAAUCAAGAUUGCACUGAAGAAGGAAAUGAAGACUGAUGGAGAACAGCUAAUAGUUGAAAUCCUUCAAUGCAGAAAUAUCACCUACAAGUUUAAAUCUCCAGAUCACUUACCAGAUCUGUAUGUGAAGCUGUAUGUUGUCAAUAUCGCUACCCAAAAGAGAGUAAUUAAGAAGAAAACCAGAGUGUGCAGGCAUGACCGAGAGCCUUCAUUUAACGAGACGUUUAGAUGUAGUUUGAGUCCUGCUGGGCAUUCUCUUCAGAUUCUGCUUGUCUCCAAUGGAGGGAAGUUUAUGAAAAAGACACUGAUUGGUGAAGCUUAUAUCUGGCUUGACAAAGUGGAUCUAAGGAAAAGAAUAGUAAACUGGCACAAACUGAUGGUCAGCUCCACACAAACACAUUGAGCAGACAUGUCUGCUUAGGGCACUAAACCUUGCAGCGUCUGCUGUAAAUGGUAUUACUCCAAGACUAUAGUUUGAUAUUGUGUUUAGCUAGGCUUUCAGAAUACAAAGUAGGGAAGAGUGGGCUCUGGGCUACAUAGCACACUUAAAUGAGGGCUAGUCAACUUGUUUUGCUGUAAAAGACAGCAAAGAAAAAAAACUGAGCCCAGAAUUAAAAGCGAGGAAGUUUGAAAAGAAGAUUGAUAUGAGGGCUCCUUGACGUUGGACUCUUUGUGGCUGUCAGGAGAGUAACUCGGAAAGAAAUAAUGAAGGCUUGAAGGCAGCUGUUAAUGCAGAGUUUGGCUGCGGCUGGAAGUAGUGUGUCUGAGAGAGCAAUCUGGGUUUCUGUGCAAGCAGAAGGAGAUCAUUUUAUGCAAAAGCACCUAGGCUGACUGGUUUUUCAAAUCUCACGUAUCAGAAGUGUAAAACUUGUUCCUCUGCACCUUAGAAUCUCUGAUCAUUUGUUGUUGUGAGAUUAUGCCACAGGACACAAACUGCAGGCUGUUUGUAGUGGUGGGAACAUUAUUUUACACGAUUUUUUUCUUUGUGUAAAGAAGAUACUCUAUAGAGAAUCAGAUCAAAACUAUUCCAUUUUGUUUCCAUGCGUUAACAAUGGGUGUAGGUCUCUGUCCUGGAAUGUAAAGAAUAAAAGCACAUUCAUGGCUACUUUUUGUUUUUGGAGGGUGGUUGGAACGAGAAAGGAUCAAAUGGAAAUUGCACUAAAUAAGGAUGGGGGUGGGAGAGAAAGUUUUCUGUGCCAAUGAAACUGCAAUUCAUCCUUCCCUUUGGGUCAGCGGUUUACAAAAAUGGGUUUGUCUCUUUACAGUUUAAGCACUGAGAUCGAUACUAUCAUUUCAACUCUUCCUUUUUUGUCUCCAACCAUCAGCCUUACCCUUAGACUGUUUAAAGGCAGUAAAAGUUUAAAAUAUAGUGUAUGUACUCUGAAACAUUAGACCCAUUGUGCUAAUGCUACCCUGCUGUUUGUGGGGUUCUGGAUCAACAACAUCAGCGACACAUGCACCUUCUUGACAGCUAACAAGAAGGAAUAACAAAAUGUUUACCAUCUGGGGAUUGAAACAUUAAUGCGUGUCGAGGAUUUCCUUUGAGAAACUCAGGUGAAUGACUGAAUAUAGUCCAUUCAAAAGUGGCUCGUCAGUUAUGAAGUAUGUAAUUAAAUGAAUGUCACUGGCAACUAUAACUGAAGGUUGUGUCAGAGCUUCCAAAAUAAAAGUUCUAUUUUCAGGCGUUUAUAACUCAGCAGAAACAGUUUCCUUUGGACUGAAACUUUGCCUAGGGGAUCUUAAACUGGGUGUGAUAUUUUUCUUCUUACUCAGAUUAAAAGAAAAAGGAAAGCGCUUUCAUCCUUCUUAAAAUUGUAGAAAUAUUUAAAAUAAAUUGACAUGGGAUUAAUUCCCUUACCGUUCAAAAAUGGCUUCAUAUUUUAUACCUUCAUAUUUUUAAGUGAUUUGGCAGGGGAUUACCCUGAAAUAUCAUUGCUCUUUUGUAUUUAAAAAGAAAGUGACCAAAUUUAAAACGCUGGCAAGUAUUUACUGUGUUUGCCCAACAGGAACUUUUCAUACACCAUUUUAAGUACCCACAUUGUUUUUUUACUAGGGAUAGCACACCUCAAGAUGACUUACAUGGUAAAUUCAAAUUAUUCCUUGGGAUAAGAAUUAUAUGCUUUAAAUAAAAUUGGGAUAGAUGAGAAACCACAUUGACUCUGAAAGAGCUAUUGUAGUUGUUUAACUUGAUGACACUUUUCUACAUAUUUGUUUUCCAUUUAUUUAUUCAAAAUUAAAAAUAACACCAUGGGAAAUGAGUGAAAUAUAGAGCAACUGGAAAAUGUUAGGGAUGCACAAACCAAAGAAAGACAAGUAAGUCCACGUUAAGACUUUGGUGUUCUACAUUUUACUUGCAACACAAUGCAUUCCUACCAUAAUGCCAUAAGUUAUCAUAAAGACACAACGGCACUGUCAAUGGGAGCAUGGUGUGUGCUUUGACUUUUAAUGUUGUGCUUUCGUCAGUAUAUAACCCAAGUCUGAUCUUAUGUAAUCACAGCCUGUUGGUGAUAAUAUAAAAUAUCCUAAAUAUUGUGAUUUAUAUGGAGAAUAAGAUUCUUCAAAACCAAAAUCCCCAACCAAACCAAAAAUCCCUAAGUGGGAUUUUUUUUUUUUUAAAUCUUUCAUGUAAGUAUUGCUCCUUUGUUGGGUUAUUUUAAAUGCCUGAUGUCUACAGUAAGUCCUUUCUUUUCUAACAUGUCCAAUUUCAAUUAUGGCGUGAAGUAAAAGCAGUGAGAUGUGCAAUUUUGUGCAAACUGCUGGAAAUUUUAUUCUUACUCAGAUUUAUUAUGAAGACAGCGAGUCAUGCUGAUGGUUGCUAUGGAGAUUUCCAACAGGCACUAGCACUAACUGGAUGGCUUACUAGGAAGCCUAUAAUCAUUAUUCUUAAUUGACGAAAGUGGGCUGGCAUACUUUGCUCUUACAUGCAUUCACAAAUGUUUCUGGUAUUUUUAUGAAACAGGAUUGUUUGUCUGGUGUGGCUGGAGUUGUCCAGGAAAGCCACAGUUACUUUGGAAUGAGCCUCUGAAAUGGGUUUAAUUCAUGCAUCUUUAUAUAUUGAAAUUCAAGUGUAACUUGUCUGCUGGAAUCCCACCCUGAAAUACAAAGGGUAGUGGCUGUCAGGAAAACUGGUCCCUAUUAGCAAUGGCUUGACCAACAGCAGCAGAGACAGGACUCUUUUGAUUUCAUGGUUGUUAUCCGUUGCAAAGAGCUAGUGACAGAGCAGGGUCCACGUACUUUCCCUUUUGUGAGAUACCAUCAAUUCAGAGUUCGCAAGAUGCUUCCAAAGUGUGCCAAGUUCCGUUUUUGAUCAGAUUUCUAGGUUGUACUGGAAUCAUUCUAUGCAACACUGUUUCGUGCUCGAAUGCAUUUUUCUUUUUUGGGUGAAUGAAGUCAGAAAAAACCCUUCUUGUGACAUUUAAAAAAAAAAAAACACCAAACAAGGACUAUUAGUAUUUUUUACUUGUUUUGUAUAUAUUGCAACAUAUUCUUUCACCCCUCCCCGCCAUUUUAUGUUUCUUCUAGUGGCUGAAAGUGCUUAUAUGUGGCAGCAGAUCUUAUCAUCUUGGAAUAAUUGAUUAUUAGUGAAUUCACACCUUUCUUUGAAGAUGCAUAUUGUGGCUAGGCAAUGGCAGAGGCAGUGUAAUUUAUUUUAUUCAUACGUCUGCUGGGUCAACAGAGAUUGAAGUUGCUUCUUUGUUCAAGGCCUUGUACAGUGGAAACAAGCUGAAUUAUGAGAAAAAGCACAGUGUAUGUGUUUACAAAUAACAGGGAUUUCUAAUGCGGUCAUUACUAUUAUGCAUACAAUGAGCAGCAAACCAUUUUCUUUUUUCCUAGUUCACGCUAGACAUGAGAGUUUCUAUGAUGAAUGUUGAGCUAGUACUUUAUCAUUACACUUUAAAGGGAUAGUAUCCAGGGGAAAUAUGAAUGCUGCUUCUUUAUUAUUACCCACGUUUUUUACAUCAUAUCUCGGUGGAAGUAACCAGGGCCUGAUCCAAUGCCUAUCAAAGUCAAUGGUAAUCUUUCCAUUCAUUUCAGUGUGGUUUUGGAUCAAGACCUAGGAAUUGGUAGAGUUAAUUUUCUGGAUACAUAGGUGUUCCAAUGGUUAGAUUGUGGGGGAUAUUGUAGCUGGUAACCAGCUGAUAUUGAUUCUGACUCUAGGAAUGAGGAGGAGGAGGACUGCUGGAGAAGAAGAAGCUAGUGUGCCCAAUAGAGAUGAUUUAAUUAGCAUUUAGUUUCAUGGAAAUAUCAUAAAGAUGUUAAUAGUAUUUUUUUAAUCUUAUUAUUUGAAUCAUAACUGACAAUAUUUUUAAGUACUUUAUUUUCAUUGCUACAGUGUCUGUAUCCCAGAUUCCACUAAGUAUCUAUCUAGACAUGUACAUACAUAUAUGUAUAAGAGAAAAAUUGCAUCUGUGUGACUGAAACUUGAAGUAGUAAUAGAACAGAGAGGUAGUUCACUGUAAGUAUCCACCUACAUCACAUUUGGGGUCCAAUCCUGCAUUCCUGGUUGCACCAGGGCUGAAGGCUUGGGCCUUCUUUUUGAAUUACUAGUUGCCUUUAGUAAGAAAGUAGAAAGAAUAAGCAAAAUCCGGAUACUCUCUCUUUAAAUCAUAAGAUGCAUUUUGAUGUUUUCUGUAUGUUCUGGUUUAUUCUUUUUUAAAAGAAGAUUAAUAAAUAAAUAUACUGAUGAGCUCAAAAAUUAUAUUAUAUUAUAUAUAUUUAUCCAUAACUCAGAGUAGGUGAUUUGAGAGAAAGCAGUUUUCUUAAUUUGUUACCCUGUAAAUAAGUAUACAUUUUUGUAUAACAAAUCAAGUUUGAAUUAUGAAUUCCAUCUGGCGUCCAAGCAUGUGAAUGUGAGCAUUAUUUGACUGUAUCUUGUAUAGAUGUUCAGUGACGUGCUCAGGCGCUCAGCCAUAGCUGACUAGCGUGUGUGCUGUCAUGCUAGCCGACUAUGUGUACAGCAUACCCACUGUUUAAAAAAAAUCUUCAAAAAUACCUUAAAAAAACAAACAACAACAAGAGUAGUCCUUGGAGAAAUGUAAUGUUUUUGCAAUGAAUGUUGCAUGCAUCGAUGGUGGUUUGUUAAUUUUUUUUGUUUUGUUUUAUUUAUUUUGCUUCCGAAUUCUCUCAGCAAAACAAAACAAACUUGUUCUAAAAAGUUGUAUAAACUGAGACAAAAGCAGUAUGAGAACUGUAUAAAGAAAAUGCUUGUAAAUCUGUCUCGGUUUCCACUUUAUGUAUAAAUCCAUGUUAUGGUUUUGUGGUUGUAUACAGGAUGUAUCUUGAGAACUUAUGCAAACUGUGCUGUAUAAAGGCUGUUACCCCAGUCUGACUAAUAAAUAUUUAAAAUAUC